CACACCACACGCAUGCACACGGACUCUAUGACUACUCUCUCCGUCUCUCUUUCUCACACUCACUCUCUCUGUUUCGUCCUCUUACCAUUCCUCUUGUUUCUCUCUAACACUCCUCCUCCUGAGUGUUCCUUCCUUUGAAUCCUCUUUCUUUCUCCUUUUUCAUGCCGAGAGUUUGGGACUAAAUUCUGUAUGUCGGCUCGUGUAUGUGUGUGCUCCCUAUGUGCGUCAGUGUGCACGCUGGUGAGCGAGAGUGUACGGGAACUACCUCCGUGUGAGUGAAAGCAGUGAGGCGUAUCAGUGAGUGUAUGUGGGUCUCUCUCUUACACUCACACACUCGCCGCUCCUCCUCCUACUCUACUUGGGAUCCCUGUGUCCCUUUCCUCGGUGGCAGGCUCCCCACACCCAGCAGUCACCAUUUCCGCCCCAGGGAGAGCCACGCUGGCAGCACAGCCCCUUCCCCGACUCAGCAUCGGGAGGAAGACCCUGGUGGCGGCUGCCGUCGGGGUCAUGCUGGUCCUGGUGCUGGUGGUCCUCAUCCCCGUCCUGGUCAGCUCCGUGGGCACCGACACCAGCCACUUUGAAAUGCUGGGUACCUGCCGCAUGGUGUGUGACCCCUACCUGAACAAGGGCACCACGGCCAGCAGCACCAGCUCCAGUGGCAUUCAGGCAGAAGCCGAGGCCCUCAGCGACAACAGCAACAUGCCCUCCACGCUGGUGCAGGGCCCCCAGGGCAAGCAAGGCAGGCCAGGUAAACCUGGACUCCCUGGACCGCCUGGAGAGCCAGGGCCACCAGGGCCAGUGGGACCCCCUGGAGACCGAGGGUCUGGAGGGAGGACUGGGAUUUUGGGGUUGGGGGGGAAUGGAGCUAUCAGCACGGCCACCUACAGCACAGUGCCCCGGGUGGCAUUUUACGCAGGGCUUAAGAACCCCCAUGAAGGCUAUGAGAUCCUUAAGUUUGACGACGUGGUCACCAACUUGGGAAACAACUACGACGGCAUCUCGGGCAAGUUCAUCUGCAGCAUUCCUGGCACCUACUUCUUCAUCUACCAUGUGCUGAUGAGAGGAGGGGAUGGGACCAGUAUGUGGGCAGACCUCUGCAAAAACGAACAGGUGCGAGCCAGCGCCAUCGCCCAGGACGCUGACCAGAACUAUGACUACGCCUCCAAUAGCGUCAUCCUCCACCUAGACGCAGGCGACGAGGUCUACAUCAAGCUGGACGGGGGCAAGGCUCACGGCGGCAACAACAACAAAUACAGCACCUUCUCUGGGUUCAUCCUCUACGCCGACUGAACCCACCCAGGUGCCACGUCCAGAGAGAGAAAGACAAAGUAAGAGAUUGAGAGAAAGAGUUGUAAUGAGGGAAGGAAGGGGUUAAAAGCCAGAAUGCUUUCUAGUUUCCUGGUUGUCUCCAUCGUCGCACCAACCUCUGCUUAUAAAACACAUCAGCCCCAAAUCAAGGUUCUCCAGCUCAGCUCGGCCUGCCUGUCUGCCGUGCUGUGAGGGAGG